UUUUCCCGAGCUCCGCCAGACUGACCAAUUUUUCUACUUUUUCGUCCCCUUACGAAGAGUAAACAUAUAACAGAUAAGUAUUUCAUACUACCUUAUAAUAUAUUCACUCGAAACGCGUGUUAUAUCGUUUUCGUAUAAGUUUAUAUCGUAUAAGUUUUAAUAGUUUUGCAGCACACCGCUUCUAGCCGGCUUUUCAUUAGCAUCGCUAGCCCGUUAGCCCGGCUAUCACAAGUUUGUUUACGCUCUUUCGCACCGGUUAUUUCUAUUUUUAGACACCAUGUCGGUUGGGUCUCUGCCCCUGUGUGCAGGUGAGGAGACAUUGGAGCUGCACUCGGUAGACUUGGAGAUGGAGGCCGUGGAGAAGCUGAUCCGCGACCUACAGGUGAAGCUGGCCCGGCUACAGCAGCGGAAAGCCACGCUGGAAUCGUCGCGGACCGACGCUCACCUGUCCCAGGUAAAUUCUCGGCAUGAGAAUUCUCCGACGACCUCAACCCCGCGUGCUUCUCUGCCCAGGUCCAACGCACCGAGAACGCAGCCUGCCCAGCUUUCCUUCACCCCGGCGCCGGGAUACCACGAGGCCUGGAAACUUCAGCAGCGGAAGACGCGCGCCAAGCCCCGGGCGAGGACCUCUCCUCCUCCGCCACCACCCGUCUUCGAGAUCUCAACCCGAAACCGCUUCGCUCCUCUCCGUGAGACGGCACACGACGCGCUGGUCAUCGGAGACUCCAUUGUCCGGCACGUGCGUGCUACCACAGCUAAAGGUAAGGCGUACACGCGCUGUUUACCUGGUGCACGUGUUCUUGAUGUUGCUGCACAGGUGCCUGCGGCCCUGAGGAAGAACAUUCGAGCUGUGGUUCUCCAUGCUGGCACCAACGACAUCAGGCUGAGGCAGACGGAGAUCCUAAAGAAGGACUUCAGGAGCCUGGUUGAGAAGGUCCGCAGCACAUCACCCACGACAAAGAUCGUCGUAUCUGGACCACUUCCGACAUUUCAGAGAGGAAUCGAGAGGCUCUACCGCACAGAUGGCCUGCACCCUAGCAGAGCUGGAGCAGCGGUCCUCUCUGACAACAUCUCCAGGACAUUACGAACCAUCUGA